UGAGACAGGAAGGUUGGGGUGCCGUCGUAAGUCGCAUGGCGAAGUUAUUGAAUCCACUGUUACCUUGCACUCCGCGGUUGGGGCUUUUACCAUCUUCUCUGUACACUUCGCACCAAAAACUGGCUGCGAAGGGCAUCACAAUUGCUUCGUUGCCCAAGAGGCGAUUGAAUUCGCUGAUCAGUCAUCUUCAGAGUACGAUGGCUGGAAAUACGUCGGAAGAGGAAAAUGCUCUCCGUGCGGCUGCUCAGAAUCUUGCCAAACAAGCCGAAGCUGGGGUCCCAACAAUCUUUGACAAGAUCGUGAAGAAAGAGAUACCGUGCACAUCUGUUUAUGAGGAUGAAAAGGUGCUGGCAUUCAGGGACAUCAAUCCCCAAGCCCCCACCCACAUCGUUAUCAUUCCAAAGGACAGGGAUGGUUUAACUCAACUAUCUAAGGCUGAAGAGAGACAUAAAGAGAUUCUUGGUCAUCUUAUGUACGUAGCUACAGUUGUGGCUAAGGACUUGGGGCUGAAGGACGGAUUUCGAAUCGUUAUCAACGACGGAGUAAAUGGCUGUCAAUCUGUUUAUCACUUACACAUUCACCUCCUUGGCGGACGACAGAUGAAAUGGCCCCCUGGCUAAUUUGCGCUGAUGAAAUUUGCCCCCAUUACCCGAGAUAAAUUUUGAGGGAGGUUUAAAUGUAGUUUAUAACCUCACCGAUGGGCUCGCUGUUGGCCGAGCAUUUAUGAUGGACUAGUUUCUAAGUAUGCGACUGAGGUUCGUUAGGAAUGAAGGUCUUAGUCAAUUGGGAUUUGGAGAUUCUUCGUGAUCUGUCAGAGAGCUCAAACGUCCAGAGGGUGAAAGAGUUGAAUCCGAUCCCAUCAUGCUGUGAACACUGGUUGUAAACAUAAACUGACUGAGUGGCUACAAUUCUGUAUCUCUUCGGUCUCAUAGGUGCCAGUUUCAAAGUAUGCAUGCUUUGCACUUUUGCUUG